ACGAUGACUUAACUACGUCUGCUGCGAUUCUGCUAGCUUUGUUGUUGCCGCCUUUGUUGCGCGGGGAUGGUGACGGUCCUACACCAGCCUGGCUUUGGGAUAUCCUCCUCGUAUGGUAGCUUAGUAGCUCUAGGUGCAGCGCCAAUGUCUUCUGGUCGGAAGCGGACAAAGGCUGACGUGUGCGAGGCCUUCGUCGCGCGACUCUCCGAGCGCGGCGACGUCGAGUUGGAUUCCUCCCUUCUUGAGGGCAUUCGCCAGCACUUUGACCGGCUCCCUACUAGAUAUGCUCUAGAUGUGAACGUGGACGGCCUGGACGUGCUCAGCCACAAGCGGCUAUUAGAUGAGGCCCGGGCCGACCCCACCACGGUGUCAUUUGCGGUCCGGCCGGUAGAAAUAGUCGGCCCGCGGGCUGAUGGUGUAUCUUCUCCCCACGAGCUCACCCGGGCAAACUCCAAGAAACUAGGCCAGCUUUGCCGGCCAGCGUUCGGCUCCUCGCCGAACCUCCAGGCGCUGGCGCUCGAAGUCGGGGAGCGGGCCGAAGGACACGAGGCCGAGGCAUCUUCUGGGCCAGGGCCGCGCGAGGAGCACCCGGUGUUCUAUGAAAUCACUAUAGCGUCGGUCGACCAGCCAAAGCUGCUCAGCCGACUUUCGGAGGCGCUGGGGGACUUGGGGCUUAACAUCCGGGAAGCGCACGCCUUCAACACGAACGACAGCUUCUCGUUGGACGUGUUCGUUGUGGAUCAAUGGCAGCCCCAGCCCGGGCAAAAUCUCGAAGAGCUGCUGGGGCAGCGGCUGCUCCAGAUGCCGCCGCCGCCUCCCAAGGGAGGGGCGGCACAACAACAGCAAGCGGUAGCAGCGGGGCCCGCGCCGGCGCUGCGGUUACCGGCGGAUCCGCCUCCCAACCUCAGCAUGCUGGCGGGCCCGCGGCCGGACUCGCCGGCGGUUGACGACUGGGAGAUUGACAUCACGCAGUUGCACAUAGAGGCAAAGAUUGCCAGUGGGGCGUUCAGCAACCUGUACAAGGGCACGUACUGCGGGCAGGAGGUGGCGGUGAAGAUCCUGAAGGACGUGCACGACGACUCAUCGCAGUACCAGGAGUUCCUGCAGGAGGUGGCGAUCAUGCGGAAAGUGCGGCACAAAAACGUGGUGCAGUUCAUCGGCGCAUGUACGCGGAAACCCAACCUGUGCAUCGUGUUUGAGUACAUGUCUGGAGGCAGCGUGUACGACUACAUCCGGCGGCAGGAGGGCCCGCUCAAGCUGUCAGCCAUUCUGAAGCUCGCGGCGGACGUGGCGCGGGGUAUGGACUACCUGCACCAGCGGAAGAUCAUCCACCGCGACCUCAAAGCAGCCAACCUGCUGAUGGACGACAACGCGAUCGUGAAGAUUGCGGAUUUCGGUGUGGCGCGUGUGAUUGAGACGACGGGGCACAUGACGGCGGAGACGGGCACGUACCGCUGGAUGGCACCGGAGGUGAUUGAGCACAAGCCCUACGACGAGAAGGCGGACGUGUUCAGCUUCGGCAUAGUGCUGUGGGAGCUGCUCACGUGCAAGGUGCCGUACGCGGACAUGACGCCGCUGCAGGCGGCGGUGGGCGUGGUGCAGAAGGGGCUGCGCCCCGGCGUGCCGGCCAACUGCCCUCCGCUGCUGGGCGAGCUGAUGGAGGCGUGCUGGACUGGCAACCCGGCGUCGCGGCCCAGCUUCCGCGAGCUCACGCCGCGGCUGCAGCACCUAAACGCCAUGGCGCUAGAAGAGGAGAAGCGGCAGCUGGAGGCCAAGCCCGCCUCCAAGCAAGGCCUACUCUCCAAGCUGCGCGGGAAGUAGAGGCGCGGUGCAAGCAGCAGGCGGCAGCGAUGUCAGCGGCGCGGCGGAGGGUGAGGCGCUACGGUACGCGGCGGUGCGGCGCGGCACCUUCAGGGCAUUGGCGUGGCAGCUCUGCAUGCGGAGGGCGGCAGCAAGCGGCCACCUAUUGCAGCUAUUGCGCUUACAGUGCAGACGGCCAAAGUGCUGACCUGGCGUUUGAGGCAGCCCUGCGGCGUUGUACGGGCACUGUACUCCAGCAGGCAGCAGCGGCUCCUGGGAGGGGCUGCUCCGGCACGCGCCUGCAGCCCAUCCGUGGGUGGCUGAGCCCUUGCGGCCUAGGGAUAGUUCCUUGCAGCGCGACCGCUGAAUAGGAAUUCCACCAUCAACGUCCGCACUGCGCUAUUUCGUGUGUGACGCGCAUGAGCAUAGCUCUCUGGUGAGCGUGUUGUGAUUGGGGCGGGGCUAGCGGGGGGCGGGGCGGGCCUGGGUAGCAUCGGUUCGCAAGUUGCUUCUCAUGUAUCGGCGCCCACAGCGCAGGCAAGCCUCACGGCUGAAGCCCACAACCGUCACAAGGGAUUGUCGAGCGCGGAGAUUUGUCACGUGUGCAGUUAGAGUUAAUGUGCUUAUCAUUGUCAUCUAAUGCAUUUGGGCAACCGUGCAUGGUAGGGUUUGCGGGCCGCCCUGUCUCGAGGCACGUCCUUUGGUGUCAAAGGCUGCACACAGUUUUGUUUGUAUCCGUUACACGUAUGAAUUGACCUUGCUAUGAGGUGUGAAGGAACACGAGGGCGCAAGCCCACUUGAUGUCAUAUCGGCAUAGAACGAUAGGACAUCCGCCGCUGACGCAGUGGAUAGCGUGGAGUGAUGCAGCAGGACACCGGUAUGGGUGGUAUGGCAAGGCCGCACAUGCGAGUGCAGCGUAUCGGGCAACGCCGUGUGUGGAACUGACGGGCCGGCGCUGGUGGCUGAGACACAGCAUGGUGUGUUAGCACGCGCGUAACCCUCAUGUGCUGGCGGCAAGCGGGUGCGAGGUAGUGUGCCCCAAGGAAGAAACGGUGGAGGAAAGGCUUGCCGGCUGGUAGGAGUGCUCGGCUGUGUGCGGACCGUUAGGUGGCGGUUUGAAGCAUCCCGGUGCGCAGGGCUUGCAUGUGGGCUGCUACGGUGGCGGUGUGGUACUGACUGGGACGGCGUGCCGCGAGGCAGGGCUGUGCUGCACAUGACUCACGGACGCACAGAAAGGAAGUAAACGAGAGUAUCAAGGAUACGCAAUGGCCGUAGGUAGUGAGUUUCAAUUCAUGGAGCAAUGAUGAGGGGACGCUGCGAUUGCGCAACGGAAAUUUAGCCCCCCGCUACUCCAACUUGGGCCUUAUUCCGUGUGCCGCAAUGCGACAAUGGGAGGAUAACGUCGAGCCAGUUGAGGGGGACGCGAGAGCAGUCCGCUGGCAAGGGCUGUAAUCACCCUCUCGA